UUACAGCAUCCAAUUUCUUUUCUUUACAAGUUUUGUUUUUUUCUUUUUUAGGGGGGAGGGGGGGUUUGAAGGUUUCAAAACUAUUGGCCAUGUUGAAUCUUUUAUUGGCAGUUGGCAUAAACAAAAGAGAUAAAGAAAAUGACAGCAAAAAAUCCAUGAAAUUACUCUAAAAAUAUCUGUCUUCUUCGAUUCCCUUUUUGUAAAGGUUGGUUCUUUAUCCAAAGUUUUAUUUAUUUUUUCUCUCUAAAUUCCAAACAAGGCCCUCUCUUUCUUUCUCUCUCUCUCUUAUCUCUAAAAAAUAAGUUGAAGUAUUGUUGCAAAGAACAUUUCUGGAGAAAAAAAUGAUGAAGGUGACAAUGGAAGGAAGCAUGGAUAAAGGAGUAUUGGAUGAUAUAAUAACAAGGUUAUUGGAAGGUAAAGGAAGCAAACAGGUUCAACUUUCUGAAGGAGAGAUCCGUCAGCUUUGUAUUAAUUCUCGUCAAAUCUUCCUCUCACAGCCUAAUCUGCUUCAGAUUCAUGCUCCCAUCAGAAUCUGUGGUGAUAUACAUGGGCAAUACCAAGAUCUCUUAAGGCUGUUUGAAUUUGGAGGGUACCCUCCAUCUUCAAACUACUUAUUCCUUGGGGAUUAUGUGGAUCGAGGCAAGCAAAGUUUGGAGACAAUUUGUUUGCUUUUGGCCUAUAAAAUAAGAUACCCUGACAACAUUUUCCUCUUAGGAAACCAUGAAGAUGCAAAGAUCAAUAGGAUUUAUGGGUUUUAUGAUGAGUGUAAAAGAAGGUUUAACGUUAGGCUUUGGAGAGUAUUCACAGAUUGCUUCAACAGUUUGCCUGUGGCUGCACUUAUUGAUGGGAAGAUACUUUGUAUGCAUGGAGGGUUGUCUCCGGAACUGGAAAAUUUGGAUCAAAUAAACAAUAUUAGAAGGCCGACCGAAAUCCCGGAUAACGGUCUUCUCUGCGAUCUUCUUUGGUCGGAUCCUGAUUCUAAGGUCAAAGGGUGGGCGGACAGUGACCGAGGAAUCUCGUGUACUUUCGGAGCUGAUGUAGUUGCUGAGUUUUUGCAGAAGAAUGACCUUGAUCUCAUAUGCCGUGGUCAUCAAGUUGUGGAGGAUGGCUAUGAGUUUUUCGCUAAACGGAGAUUAGUAACGAUAUUUUCAGCUCCGAACUACGGCGGGGAAUUCGACAAUGCAGGUGCUCUAUUGAGUGUCAAUGAGGCUCUUAUGUGCUCAUUCGAGAUAUUGAAACCAGCCGGUGCUCAAGCCUCACCAGGCAGUUCUAAUAAGUUGCCCUUGAAGAAGCCACCAAAGCUUUUCUAGAAUUGAUGUGCAAUGAAGAUGGGGUUUUUGAGGAUGCCAUUGUUGAAAGCUCGAUUCGAUUAAAAGUUCCGAUUAGUUGUAAAUGAGUGGAUUGAUUGCAUUGUUUGAUACUAAUUGCAAGCGAAACCCUGUAAAUCAACCACCCAAUUUCAUCUACUGUGAAGUAACAAAACUGUAUCCAUUGGACACCAUUGUUGUCUCUUUUAUGCUGUACCACAAACAAAGUCAUUUACUCCA